AUGUCGUUAGCUGUGAGAUCUAGUGUAAUUGAAGUGGUAAGAAGUGUGUUGGUGUUGAAGAACUGGGGGAUAUUGCUGGCAGCACCAAAGAAGAAGACAUCACACAAGAAAAAGAGGCAGAGAUUUUUAAGUAAUGCCAAUAAUAACGUCGAAUUCAAGAACAAUUUGAAUCGUUGUCCCUCAUGUGGCCAUUAUAAGAGAAGCAAUACGCUGUGCAUGUUUUGUGUGAAUCAAGUACGUUUCCUUUGGAAGAAUCAUAAUAAACCAGAAGAAAUUGUAAAAGAAGUUGAUAGAGUAGUUUAUCCCGGCAAAAAAGAUACUCAAUUUAUUAAGAAAUUGAAAGAUAAGGACAGUUAUUUGAAAAAGAGAAUGAGAACGUUACCAAUUGAUUAG